AUGGUCGACGUCGCCGAUCAAAGAUCUGAGCGGAAGAAGUGGAUACACUCGUUUGAGAGCGUCACGUCCACAAUCUUUUGCGCUGCAUGCUCGGAGUACGACCAGGUGUUACUGGAGGAGAAGAACCGGAACCGUAUGAUGGAGUCGUUGACUCUCUUCGAGUCCGUCAUCAACUACAGAUGGUUCCUAGGAAAAUCAAUUAUCCUCUUCCUCAGACCUGUUCUGCCAAAGGUCCCACUGGAACGAUAUUUUCCAGAGUAUUCGGGCGGUGCAGACGUGAAUAAGGGGGCAAAGUACAUUCUGGGGAGGUUUAUCAUAAGACAAGCAACUGAUACCACGAACCUCCGUUUAUUGGUGGUAGCUGUGAAAGAAACGUACCUACACAGCACGCUCGAGGGAUCCGAAAUUUCCUGA